CUCUUUUGCCUAUCGCAUCUAGCAGAUGCCUGUUUCUCCCACCAAGACUCACGAUGGUAUUGAUAGCCCUCGACAACGAUAUUCUCAACCAGCUUUGUUCUGAGGACCAACUCGAGCUUCUGGAUGCAGUGGAUGGCCUAAGAUCACAAGGUAUUGAUAGCUAUAUUUCCUUGCCGCAAAUUAUUGUGUGUGGCGAUCAGUCUGCCGGAAAGAGUUCUGUGUUGGAGGCAAUUUCGGGUGUAUCUUUUCCCAUUAAAAGCAACCUAUGCACUCGUUUUCUGACAGAAUUGGUCCUCCGUAAUAGGUCGGAAAUAACAGUCAGCAUUUGGAUUAGGCUUGACACCUUCAAUGAAUUGCCGGACUUGAUCAAAAAGGCCAAAGCAGCUAUGGCCAUCUCCACUGUUGGAAGGAUAUCCUCCAAAGACCUACUUCGAAUCGAGGUUUCUGGUCCCGAUCGACCACAACUUACGAUAGUCGACUUGCCUGGUCUCAUGCAUUCGGAAACCAAUCAACAGAGCAUCAUUCUUGCGAUCGUUUCUGCGAAAAACGACUACGCGAAUCAGAUUGUGCUUGAACUUGCUCGUAAUUAUGACAAAAACGGUGAACGUACGUUGGGCGUCAUUACAAAGCCAGAUACUAGCGUAUCGGGCUCCCCUACCGAGCGCACGUUUGUAUCUCUCACCAGAAAUCAGGACGUGGUCUUCUGUCUUGGAUGGCACGUGCUGAGGAACUUGGACUUGGAUACUGGGAAGUGGUCUUCAUUCACUCGCGACACUAAAGAAAAGGAGUUUUUCUUGGAAGGAAUAUGGAGAACUAUGCCUAAUUCGAUUCUGGGUAUUGGAACUCUGAGGAAACAGCUCAGUAGAUUACUCCCUGCGCAGAUCGCCACCGAACUUCCCAGCCUGGCAGCGGAGAUCAACACCAAAUUCAAUCUUUGUCAAGAUGAGUUGAAGAGGCUAGGCAAACCCCGUACAACUGCGGAAGAACAACUGAUGUACCUGCUCCGAGUGAGCGAAAGAUGUCAAUCUUUAACUAAAGCUGCCGUGGACGGAUACUACAACGAUCCUUUUUUGAAAGACCCCAGAUCAGACAUUGGGUAUCAGAAACGCCUACGAGCUGUUAUACAGAAGCUCAACAUAACUUUCGCAAACACUAUGGAGAGAAGAGGACAUCGUUACAAUAUCACCGACGACUCACCAAAGAAGGCCGCGGAUGCGAAAACGACAACAAUCAGUAGAGCCGAGUUCAUGGAUCAUAUAGAGCAUUUGAUUGAGAGAACUCGAGGUCGCGAUCUUCCCGGUACUUAUAACCCACUGAUCGUCACUGCAUUGUUUGAGCAGUCGCAACCUUGGGAAAUCAUAGUUCAGCAGCACCUGAGAGAAGUCUCUCAAGCUGUCAAGAACUUUCUUCGUCUAUUCGUUUCGUACAUCGCUGAUGGAACAACUUCAAAGCCGCUCUUCCAAACUGUGUUCGAGCCAUCCUUACAUUCGCUCGAGGAAGACCUGAAGAAGAAAAUCACAGGGCUUUUGGCAGCGCAUCAACACGAGCACCCCAUUACCUACAAUCCCGUUUUCACUAAGAUUGUCGAUGGGGUUUGUAGUGUGAAGAUGAAGCCUGGGUUUGCCUCAAUCAUCAAGGACUUCUUCCAAAUCACCAGUCUAGAUUCGGGUCAAUACCACGAAGUAUCAGAUUUCAGCGGUUUACUGAAGGCUCUGAAGGAGUACACCCAGCCUAUGCUUGCUCGUCCAGCUUGCUCCAAAGCUUUAGACUGUAUGGAGGUGUAUUAUAAGAUCGCUCUUCAAAGAUUCGUCGACGAUAUCUCUGUGGAGGCUGUAGAAUCUAACAUGAUGUCCAAGCUCCAUGGGAUCUUAUGGCCUUCGAGUCGUAUCCUUCGCACCGAGCUCGAGAACAAGUUGGAGGUUCUCACAAUCGGUGCUCAGAUCUGCACCCGGAUCAUUAGCAUAGGGCUUCGAGCAGCUUCAGCGCUUUCUCCAACAUCCACGAUGAACUCUGGAGAAGAUGUAGUGUUCGUGGAAGCAUACAACUUUGAAACGAAGGAGAGCCCGUCCUCCAUCAACGACUGUAUUCUUUCUUAG